CAUGUCAUAAGUGUGUAUAACAGUUAUUUCCAAAACCGCGUGCUGUUUUCGUUUUGUUUAGUUGCAGUAAUUUUCUCCUUUUUAAAUAGCGAUGAAGCCGAAAGUUUCGGACACGAAAGUGAAAAGUAAGCUCGCCAAACAAAAUAAAUCGUCAAAGAAAAGAAAGCUGGUAGAUUUGGAUGCCUCUUCGGAGGAUGAGGGGAUUGAACUGAAAGACACGAGAACGUCGGACGAGCCGGUACCCAAAAAGACCAAAUGGAUAAAUAAGCAACGGGUACUGGUCCUUUGUGCACGAGGAAUCAACCAUCGCGAUCGGCACUUGAUGAAAGACUUGAAAACGGUUAUGCCUCACCACCGGUCCGAACCUAAAAUGGAGCGGUGGAAGACGCUGUCCGUGGUAAAUGAGAUGAGCGAAAUGAAGCAUUGUAAUAAGGUAAUGAUGUUCGAGGGACGCCGCAAGCAGGAUCUUUACAUGUGGUUGGCGAACGUGGACAAGGGACCGUCGAUUAAAUUUCUUAUCGAAAAUGUUAACACGAUGGGGGAAAUGAAGCUGACUGGCAAUUGUCUUCGAGGAUCUCGCCCAAUUCUUUCCUUUGAUCAAGAGUUUACCAAGCAGCCCCACUUGGCGGUGAUAAAGGAAUUGCUAACGCAGAUUUUUGGAGUUCCGAACCACCAUCCAAAGAGUCAGCCUUUCGUGGACCGCGUUAUCAGCUUCACACUGCUGGACAAUCGUAUUUGGUAUCGACAUUUUCAAAUUCUAUCGGAAGAUGGCGGAUUAGCGGAGGUUGGGCCACGUUUUGUAAUGAAUCCGAUUAAAAUUUUCGAAGGAUCGUUCAGUGGAGAUCCAAUCUGGGAGAAUCCGAUGUAUCAGAGCCCAGCUAAACAUCGGCAACUGCUGCGAAAGGCUGCCAAGGACAAAUAUCUUAACAAACAGAAGCAAAAGAUCGACCAGCAGAUAAAUGCCCCAAAAAAUACACACGAUUUUGAUCCAUUUGCGGAAGUGUUCCAGGAAGAUGUGAAUAAAAAGGCGAAGCAGAUCGUAGCUAAGGAGGAGCGCCGUGGAGUGGAAGAAGCGCAGCGGAAAGCGAUCGAGGAACAGCACAGCCGUAUGAAGAAAAAAGAUGAGAUGAAGAAGCUAAAGAAAUUGGCACAGGCAAAGAAGGUUGGGAAAGCUGCGCUAGCGGGUAAGAAGAAGGCUAGUCUCAAGGUGAAACAGAAGGAAAAGGGUAAGAAACAUCAGAGAAAUGUAGAAUAAAUGUGUAUGAAGCCUACUGAAAUAUAAUACCAUACCAUUAAACAUAAGAUAUUCGAAAA